AUGAACGUCAUCUGGAUAGUUUCGGACACCUUCCGGCAAGACCACGUCGGCGCAUACGGCAAUCCAUGGAUUCGAACUCCUUCCCUCGAUGCCCUUGCAGCUGGGUCGGUUCGGUUCGACAGCCACUACUCUGCCGGUUUCCCGACCAUGCCCACCCGUGCCGACCAUCAGACGGGCCGCUGGACGAUGUCCUUCAUGGGGUGGGAGCCUCUUCCCUCCGGGGUGACCACCCUGGCAGAGAUUCUGGCCGGACAAGGCUUUCACACGGCGGCCUCCGUGGACACCCCCUACUACCUCCGGGAUGGAAUGAACUACGACCGGGGCUUUCAGUCCUUCGUUUUCAACCGGGGACAGGACACCUUGUGGUCGCUGAUUCCCCAGCCCGGCUAUCACAAUGAAUCCCUGGAUGUUCGGGCGGCGUGGCGGAAUGAAGCGGACAGAAACGCGCCACAGACCUUCAUGGGCGCCAUGCGCUGGCUGGAGAGGCACUACAAGGAGGACUUUUUCCUGUAUGUCGACACCUGGGACCCCCACGAGCCCUGGGAUGCGCCGUCCUACUACACUGAACUCUACCUGCCGGAUUACGACGGCGAACUCGUCCUGCCCCUCUAUGGAAACUGGCAUGACGUCCCCGGAUACGAAGAGUCCCAGAUGCGCAAGGGGCAUGCCACCUACUGUGGCGAAAUCACAAUGGUAGAUACCUGGGUGGGCUUUCUCCUCAAGUCGGUGGAAAACAUGGGGCUCGCAGAGAAGACGGUGGUCAUAUUCACCACCGACCACGGCUUCUACUUUGGAGAGCACGGCGGCCUGUUCGGCAAGAUGAGUUCGGGCAAGUAUCCGGACGGGACACUGCGGCCGUACGACGAACCCGGUUCCCAGUGGAGUUACUCGCCGCUAUUUGAAGAGAUUGUUCACCUGCCCCUGCUGAUUCGCGCGCCCGAAGUGUCUCCUGGCGCGUACCGGGGUCUGAGUUCCGCCAUCGAUGUCAUGCCCACCGUGCUUGACCUGUUGGGCAUGGAUGUCCCGGACUUUGUGCAAGGCCGUUCACUUGCGCCCGCGUUACGCGAUCCUUCGCAAUCCGGACGCGACUACGUGGUCAGCAGCCUGCCCUUCGCCAACCCGGGCGAUCCGGUUCACUCAGUGGACAACCUGCUCCGCACGCUAACGGAACCACCUGUGACGACCAUCACCUCGGGUGGCUGGAGUCUGCUAUACAGUCCCCUGGAAGGCGUUUCAAAACUGUACAACCUGACCACCGACACGGCUCAGGCCAACAACGUUAUAGAGAAGCAUCUGGACGUGGCAGGGGAACUCCAUCAGAUGCUAGUGGCCUUUAUGCGAGAGACCCAAGUCCCCGACCGCCUGUUGAAGCCUCGCCUGGAAUUGCGAAUGUAG